AUGCCACCCCAAGGACAACAAGCUGUAUCCUGGGCACUAUUCGAAACUGAUGCAGACAAAACUGUCACUCAUGUGCCUCCUAGCGCGGAAAAGAGAAAAUGGGAGAUUGUAUGGAGGAACGUCAUACUCUUCACACUAUUACACUUAGGAGGAGUGUACGGAUCAUAUCUAUUCUUCUUCAAGGCGAUGUGGCUUACAAGUUUGUUUGCAAUAGCUUUGUACCUAUCAUCUGGUCUUGGCAUCACGGCAGGAGCACACAGGCUAUGGGCACACAAAUCUUACAAGGCUAAAUUGCCUUUACGAAUAAUGCUGACUGUUUUUAACACAAUGGCUUUUCAGGACUCUGUAUUGGAUUGGGCUCGAGACCACCGGAUGCAUCACAAAUAUUCUGAAACGGACGCUGAUCCCCACAACGCAACACGUGGCUUUUUCUUCUCCCACAUUGGAUGGCUCUUAGUGAAAAAGCACCCUCAAAUAAAAGCUAAGGGCAAGACACUCGAUAUGGGCGAUCUUUGGGCUGAUCCCGUACUCCGUUUUCAAAAGAAGUACUAUUUGACUCUCAUGCCGUUAGCUUGCUUUGUUCUACCUACAUACAUUCCAACACUUUGGGGUGAAACUUUGUGGAAUUCGUUCUUCGUGUGUGCUAUAUUCCGCUAUGUGUACGUUUUAAACGUAACCUGGUUUGUUAACUCCGUAGCCCAUUUAUGGGGUUCUAAGCCCUAUGACAGACACAUUAAUCCAGUUGAGACCAAACCUGUAUCUUUAGUCGUACUAGGAGAAGGCUUCCAUAACUAUCAUCAUACUUUCCCAUGGGACUACAAAACCGCAGAAUUAGGAAAUUAUUCUCUGAACUUUACUAAAUUAUUUAUUGAUACUAUGGCUAAAAUCGGGUGGGCUUAUGAUUUGAAGACUGUAUCAAGUGACAUAAUCGAAAAGAGAGUAAAGAGGACGGGUGAUGGAAGUCAUAGUUUAUGGGGUUGGGACGACCGUGAUCUUCAUACGGAUGAGAAGAAGGUUGCAAAAGUCAUAAGUUCCAAAGAAGAAGAAUGA